CACAAGUUUUUAUUCCAUGUUUCUUUAGAGAGAGAGAGAGGAAAUGAGAACCCCAAGUAUCUUUGGCUGCUGAGAAACCUGAGACCCGGUUGAAGCCACGUGCGGAGCACAGCGGAUCGAGGAGAUCGAGCAUCCUUAGUUUUCUUUGAGAAAAAAAAAGAAGAAGAAGAGAGAGAUAGAGAGAGAGAGAGAGAGGGACAGAGAUAUUUUAUUUUCUUCUGAAAAUGAGUUUAGAACUAAGAAAUUUGGAAGAGGAGGAGCUGGUGAAGGAUGAGGAUGAAGAGGAGAGGAGCAGCAGCAGCAGUAGUAGAAAGAGGAGGAGGAGAUCGUGGGAGGAGAAGUUCAUCUUCAAUGGCGACGGCGGAGGAUCUUUGAGGGUAGUUUUAGUUGAAGGAGAUGACUCCACAAGGCAUAUCAUAGCUGCCCUCCUCCGAAAGUGCAACUAUAAAGUGGCUGCAGUAUCUGAUGGUCUAAAAGCAUGGGAGAUAGUGAAGGAACGGCCUGAUAGUAUCGAUGUAGUUCUCGCUGAAGUUGAGGUCCCGUCGAUCUCGGGAGUUAGCCUCCUUUCCAUGAUAAUGGAUCAUGAGAGCUGCAAGCACAUUCCUGUGAUAAUGAUGUCCUCCAAUGACUCUGUCAACAUAGUUUUCAAUUGCAUGCUGAAAGGCGCGGCGGACUUCCUUGUGAAGCCUGUCCGCAAAAAUGAGCUGAGGAACUUGUGGCAGCACGUUUGGAGAAGACAAACUUUAAAUGAUGGCAUUGGCAAUAAAGGUGUUCAUCAAGAUGAUAAUGCAAUGAAAACAUUUGAAGCUAAUCCUCGAAAAGCAAAGCAAUCUAGUGGAUCAAUACCUCCAAUGCAUAUCAAUAAAGAAGACAGUGAGAAAGGGAGUGAUGCCAAAAGUUCUUGUACAAAGUUAGAUGUGGAAGUAGAGAGCAUGUGCAAACAAAGUAACAUAGAGCCUCAGCAGAGAACAUGCAAGGAUUCUUCUCAUAUAAUUGAGACUAUAUGUCAGAAUGAUGAAUGGAAGUUUGGACGAAAUGAUGAAGAAUUUGCACCUCCCAAUGGGACAUGCGUCGCAAAUGAUCAAUUGAUCGCAGAAGAGCAAUCUUGUGCGCUCGUAGAUACUGCAACUCAGAAGCAACUCAUCAAUUUGAUCAGCACAAUAGAUAAUCAGCAAGGGUGUAGUUAUGAGCCAAGGGAAAAUAGUGCAAAAAAUGAUAACCUUUAUUAUACUCAAGAAGUUGUAUCGUGUGAUGAGGAGUUCAGCUGCAGCCCAUAUUCUACACCUUUACUGAAGCUAUCAUUGAGUAGAUACGAUGAUAAUCAUGUUGAAAAGGAAGAGAAGAAUGAAUGCAGGAUUCUGAACCAUUCGAGUUCUUCAGCCUUUUCAGUGUAUGAUGGCAAGAUACCAGUAUCUAAUUUUCUAGAAACUGGCAACUUAGAAACUCAGUAUGAAGAAAAUUACAGUCCUUCCACAAAACAAAUACCAGAUAAAGAUCCUGAUACCCGUAACAGCAUUCCAAUGUGGAAUAGUACAAUGCAACACCUGAACACAGAAGAUGCGAAGUCCUCAAGCGCUCAUUCUUCCAUUGAAAAUGGAACCACAAUUAAAUGCGCUCCUAUACGAGUUAUUCCUCUACGUAUUCCAGUUGCAGGGGUAAAUUGGGACAGGUAUCAUGAGUCAAUGCAGCCGAUUUUUUAUCCAGACUCUUUAGAUCGCCAAUCUGACACUAGAGAUCAUUUCGCUCAUCAUCAUAACCAAAAUGGUACGAGCAGUAGCUUAUGUGAUGCUAAUGUAGAUCGUACUGAUGGCAAUGGCAAUAGUAGUAUCAGCACAACAGACGUGCCCAAUGUGACAUCAGAGCUACGAAAUCAAGUGGAGAAGAAACAAAUGGACCUGUGUCGCUUAAGUCAGAGAGAGGCAGCCUUAAAAAAAUUUCGAUUGAAGAGAAAGGAUAGAUGCUUUGAGAAAAAGGUUCGGUACCAGAGCAGGAAAAGACUCGCUGAGCAGCGUCCUCGGAUUAAAGGACAAUUUGUUCGCCACAUUAAAGCUGAUGCACCUUCUGCAGAGUCGAGCACGUAUAAGAUCGAAGCAGAAGUCAGAUAGCAGAACUAAUGGGACUACAAUUUGUGUCGGUUGGAGAAUUGGUUUACUCUCUUCAACUUACUAACUGAACACCACGAGAUGCCCCGACGGGUGUUUUUAUCCUGUACAGCUCCUAGGUGAAGGUUUGAUGGCGAAGAUUGAAAAACUAGAGAUGUAAAGCUACAAACAAGACUAAGAAAAGGAUUGCUAUCUUGUAAUAGUGAAAUCUGUCUGCAGUGUGUUUGUAAGUCUUUAACGUAGUGUGUUUGCGAGUCUUUUAACAUUAGCUAUAGCUUCAUAUCUUUUUAUGUGUUGUGUAGUUGUUUUGCCAUCUUAUUGUUGUGAACUCCUUUUUUUUUUGUCAUGUUGUAUACCUACGUUAAAAAGGAGGGGGUAUGUUUAUUUUCCCCCAGUCUUGAACUA